CUAAAUAUAUCAGAAAAAUGUUAGUAUAUAUUUUCAUCGGGCAUAUUUUUUUUUUUUAAGAAGUUGAAUGCAAUUACAUGGAUGUGUAUGGAUUAUUGAUUAAUUAAUCGUAACAAAUUAUUAACUUUCAACGGUUAAAAAAAACGUUAAAUAUGUAUAAGCCAUUACUAUGUAAGUUAUAGAAAGAGAUGUAUGAAAUAUGGUUGGCUGAGAAUGUAUGGGUUUUUUUGUGACUUUGGUUUAUGUACUUGUAUAUUAUGUCAAAGUUAUUAUAUCUUUCGUAAGAAUUGUGAGAGGGCCACGGUAAUGAGUACGUAAUGGGUAACAAAUAUACAUAGUAAGAAAAUAGUUAGAGAUAUGGAAAAGAAAAGCAAUGUCUCUGUUUGUAAGAGACUACCUUGGCUUUGGCAAGAUUCCAAAAACAAAAAUUUCACCAAAAAGAAAAAAAAAAAAAAAAAAAAAGGAAAGAAAAAAACUUGCUACCCACGCCUAUUUCCCUCUUUAAUGGUGGAGACUUAAACUUCAUUGUGGGUGAUAAUCUACAAUAAUGUCUCGGCUUGUCUCCAAGCUCUCUCCCUUCAUUCACAAGAACAGUAGGAGCAUUCGUUCGUUUUCAUCCUCAACGACCGGCCCAUGUGUUUCUAUUUGUACCAUUAUGGAGCCCUCUCCGGACGGCAACCUCGGACAACUCCUGUUGUUCAACAUACCAGAUUUGAAGUUAGUCACAGCGGACAAAACAUAUCCCGACGAGCUUUAUGACGCCCAGUUGGUGGGAGCUUCCCAUGGAUGGGGACUUUUCUCCAAUAGAACAAAUCGGUCGGUACUUCUCAGCGACUAUUUGAACCCCUAUGCUUCCAAGUCAAAACCAAAGAUGAUUCAUCUGCCAUUUUUUACUCCAACGUACUCUGGCCAAACCGAAGUCGUGUGCAACGUGGCAAUGUCCUCUCCUCCUCCUGAUCAAGACGACGACCAAGAAGAUUGGGUCGUUGGCAUCAAGUUCUUGGGUAGACAGCUUAGUCUCUGCAGGCCCCGUCGUGACCUUCGUUGGACUAACAUCCUAACCCCUUUUGAGUCAUGGGAAAUCUCAAAACUAAUGUAUUCCAAGAAAGACCAACGGUUCUAUUUGCUUGCUCCUGGAGGCAACUACUUAUGCUCCUGGGAUCUCAACUUCAAGGAAGACAAGAAGCCUAAGUUCAAGGAAGACAAGAAGCCUAAGUUCCAUGAGUUGGUCUUGCACGACCUUCCCAACAUGCCACGUUCCCACUCGAAGCUGUUGGAUUCAUUCAGCAGGGAGGAUCAUUGGGUGGAGUCACCUUCUGGCGAAAGUUUCCUUGUCAAAUGGUACUGUGAAUACUCCCCUGAAAACACCAGUAACUGGUGCAAAUCACCAACUGUUCUGGUUUUCAGAGAGAAAGAUGGAAGGAAACACAUGCGUUACACAGAUGACAUUGGAGAUUUGUGCAUUUUCAUUUCAAAGGGAGAGGAUUUCUGCGUCAAGGCUAGCUCUCACCCUGGACUCCAACCUAACUCCAUCUGUUUACAUGGCCGUUUGUUUGCGAUUCUCAAUCUCACAAAUAGAACCCUCGGUUGCUACGAAUAUCCCGAAGGCAUACCAAAAAGGAUUCCCUAUUUACCCUACUGGCUUCCUCCGUUUUCUCCUUAGCGCUCUACUUGCUUCGUUAGUCUUAUUGUGUGGUUUGUUCUUUUAGGUUUGGAUUACUAAGAUCAUCUAAUUAUAUUUCUCUAAUCUGAGAAAAUUGAAGACUUCAUUUGGUAUUUGGUUGAUGUCACAUGGAGUAAAUAUCUGAUGUAACUUGUCUUACAAUAUUUCAGAAUCCUAUUUUAGGUUUUGUGUUCCCUUA